ACCAAGGUCGGUCUUUCAAAUCGAUCGACGACAGAAGAGGGAAGUGUGUYCUCCUACAACUACCAAGAAAUCACUCGAAACAACCCCAAAUACCCUUAAAAUAAUCCAAUUAUGCCUGAAAUACCACAAGGAGAUGCCACAAAGGGAGCUAAGGUCUUCAAGACAAAGUGUGCACAGUGUCAUACAGUAGAGAAGGGUGGUAAGCAUAAGACUGGUCCCAACCUCCAUGGAUUAUUUGGCCGUAAAACAGGCCAGGCUCCUGGGUUCUCUUAUACCUCAGCCAAUCAGAACAAAGGAAUCACAUGGGGUGAAGAUACACUGUGGAUAUACCUCGAGAACCCCAAGAAAUAUAUCCCAGGAACCAAGAUGGUGUUUGCUGGACUAAAGAAAAAGAAYGAGCGUGCAGACCUUAUUGCAUACCUUAAAGAGUCCACCUCAAGCUGAAUCUCCAAACUGCCAAAUUUUUUUAUCAAUCACUGGACGUGUCACAUGUUUAUAAAUAAAUAUUAACUGAAUGACAUUGUACAUUUCUUGAUGCUGUUAUUGUGUGCCGAGUGCAGAUUUACCGAAUGAUCGAAAGGGAUUGGUCAUUAAUUAUUAAUUAUUGCUUUUUAAGGUGAAGUUAUUGCAAUACUGUGAUGUUGUAAUGCGAUGGAAAGGCUUUUAUGGAGAUGACAAAUAAACUUAUUAUAAUGCACAUGAAA